AUGCCGACAACACAAGCAUUACCACUCGACCCUGAGAACUGCGCUGUUGCCUGGAUCGCACCUCUCGAGAUCGAAGCCCAGGCCGCCCUACACUUGCUGGACGAGCGACACCGCGGCCGAUUUCCGGUUGGCCGAGGCGAUGACUAUGUGUUUCACGCAGGUCGUACCAGCAUCCGGAACACACUGGAAGAGAAGUUCUUCGCCAAAGACCAGAGCCAGAAAAUGGCGCUCGUCGGACUCGGUGGAGUGGGCAAGACUCAAAUAGCGCUGCGUUUUGCCUACCAAAUGAAGGAGAAGCGCAAAUGGCUCUUCAUUGUGGACAACGCCGACGAUCAGGACCUUGUUUUUGCAUCUGCCGACAAGCCAGGCUUGGAAGAGUAUUUCCCUAAGAGCGAGAACGGUUUAAUCUUGUCAACGACCCGAUCUAGGCAAGUCGCGGCAGAAUUCGCACAAUCUCAUGUGAUCGACGUUGAACAAAUGAAUGGAGUCAAGAUGGGUGAUGGCAGUAUGGACGCAGUCGGCACGAGCAUUCACCAGGACUCUGAAGGAGCGAACUGGCCUGCUGAUGCCGAGGUAGUCGCAGUCACGUUCAUGGUCGACUUGUGGGAAGACACUGACGUCCAUUUUACGUGCUUUGGCAGACAAGCGUUGAAGUAUGAGAGCAACCCCUGGGAACAAGUCGUCCACAUUUCGGUCGGAGACGCUAGAAACAAGAGGGCCUUCAACGUCCAUCUGAAGCUGUUGGUUUCAUCGUCCGAGUAUUUCCGGCGAUCGCAAAGCGGACGUUGGGCCGAAUCAGACACCCGCGAGCUGUGCCUCGAAGAACAAGACCCCGAGGUCUUCCACACCUACAUCAACUGGCUGUACUCGCGGGCCGUGAACUCGAAGUGCGAAACCGACCUGGGAGACACGUUCUUGUCUCUGGCAAAGGCGUGGAUUUUGGGCGACUAUUUGCAGGACGCGGCCUUUCAAAACGACGCCAUGACAAAGAUGUACAGGGAGGUGCGUGCCCUGCAUCGUUGGCGAAGCGGAUGGGAUGGUAAGACGCUGCCCAUGGCUUGGGUUUACGAGCAUACCCCAGUAGGUUCGCUGCUUCGGGCGUUCCUGGUUGAUGCCUUUCCUUGUUACUCUGACUGUCUUGACAUGUUGGACUCGGAGGACCCCGUUUGGACUGAGAUCCAAAGGGACAUUUUCAAGGCACUCGGGCAAAAGAUGCGCAAGUACUCGCUCGUGAUGAAGGGGAGGUGGCCGGAACGCAGAUUCAAGGCUUUCAUCCGGGGACCAACGCGGCCUUGUAAGCAUUACUUGGUUCAAGCUUGA